AUGCAAGCAGAUGCUAUACCAGGGGUCAAGCAAAGUUUUCAGGCGCAGUGCGAAAAACACGUGCAACCUGGAUAUAGCUACCAGUGUGUAUGCCUGCCAGGGUGGGAAGGAACAUUUUGCGAAUAUGAAUCCAAUGAAUGUAACCCAGAGCCUUGCAAAAACAACGGCACCUGCACAGAUCUUUUCAACAGCUAUCAAUGCACAUGUACAGCAGGCUGGACAGGGUCACAGUGUAAUGAAGAUAUAAAUGAAUGUGAUUCUGACCCAUGCUUGAAUGGAGGGACCUGCUAUGAGUCUGUUGUCCAGGGGCAGUUUAUAUGCCUUUGUCCUCCAUUUUAUACUGGAGACUCUUGCCAGCAGCGCUACAACCCCUGUGACCCACACUACAAUCCAUGUAUAAACAAUUCAACCUGCCUGGCACAGGUUGAUGGCACUCCAUUGUGUGUUUGCAAAAAAGGAUUUGAAGGUGCUUACUGUGAAAUUGACACUGAUGAGUGCAUUUCCCAUCCAUGCUGGAACCAUGGUCUCUGUGUAGAUGGGGUUAAUAGUUACAGAUGUUCCUGUCAACAUGGCUUUUCUGGGUCACAGUGUGAAGUGGACAUUAAUGAAUGUUCAUCAAGACCCUGCAAAAACAAUGCAACCUGCCUAGAUCUUAUAAACAGAUUCUCCUGUAAUUGCACACCUGGAUACUAUGGGUCACUCUGUGAACUGGAUAUAGAUGAGUGUGAAGUUUUGCCUUGCUUACAUGGAGGAAGCUGCUUAAACAAGCUUGGAGGCUACCGGUGUCUUUGCCUCCCUGGAUUCACAGGUAUAAUUCAUUCCCUGAAUGUGAGCCUGUUUCCACAAGGAAGGUGGCUAUCACCUCUGCUCUGCAUUUUUAAAUUGUUGCAUAAGCAAAGACAUUCAACUAUGCCUAGGGGAGUGCAGGAGAUCACCUGAUUAUUAGAGGAGAAAUCCAAAUUAAUUCAAAUGGAACUUUGAGUCAAGUCUAUUUACAUUAUUUUUGAUUUACGAUUUCUCAAGUCAUCCAGAUAUUUAACUAAAGCACAUUAGAAGAAAGGUCAUACAGCACAAAAGAAAAAGCAAUGGUUUCUUAAUCCAGCGAAAAAAAUAUAUUGCAGGUGGAGAGUAAAUUUUAUAGACAGAUUGAAAUAUUCUUUUGCUAAAAUUGGUCAGUUUUUAUCAGGUUUUGUAUCUAUAAUAGUUGAACAUAAAUCUUGAUCAUGGGAAAUAUAGCAUAUUGCCACCAU